CACUCUCCGAAAGCAAUAUCCUAUACAUAUCCCUCGCCCGCCCUCGAAAAUAUGACACUCCACUUCCUUGCUCUAAAGCAUGACUCUUCGCACCUCCCACAAUCUCCAUAUAAAGCUAAGUCCUUCACCCACAAUUAAUUCAUUCUAUUAAUAACCUCAUUUUAAAAUUUAAAUUAAAAUAAAAUUUGGUCAUUUUAAUGUUAUAAACCUCGUAAAGUUAUUAAUUAAAGUUUGUAAAAUAAAUUAAAUUAAUUUUAAUUUAAAGCGAUGCGCUUAAAAACUGCUUUGUUGUUAACCUUAUUUUUUGUCGGCGCCAUCAUGAUAAAACAUGAUGGCCAUCAUGGUAAACGUAAACCGAAACUCCGAAAGAAAGUCGGAGUUGCAAAUUUUGGCAAGGCUGGGGACAAUGUUGGGGACAAAAUGUUUGUUGGAUUGGAGAAAAAAGUUGAACAAAUUGAGAAAAAAAUUGAGGAAUUUGACAAAGUUUUAAUGAACGAGGAAAAACUAGAAAUCGAAACAAUGCUGAAUUAUGUCAAAGACAUGAUUCAAGGAAGUGUUGGAAAUAUGAAUCAAAAGCUUUCGGAAGUUAAAGUUAUGGCUAUAGGAAUUUAUAAUGAAUUUAUGUCACAUUUCGAUUACAUUGCGACAUACAAAGUUAACGAGGAAUUGAUAAACAACGAAUAUUAUUUAAAUAAUAUUCUCAACACGCUUGUGAAAUCUCUUGAAGAUGGUAAAGUUGAUCGCGACACAAUGUCAAAUGCAUUUUUUAUUUGGAAGUAUUUCAUUUAUAAUUAUGAUUUUCUGUCAAAUAACGAAUCCAUCCAUGACAAGACUGCUAAAGGAGAGAAUAAACAUCAUUUCAUUUUUAAAAAUGAAUUACCAACUCGUCGUAAACGCGCUAUGAAUGUCAGCUCAACUCGUCCGCAACAUAUACUCAAGUUUGGGAUAAUUGUGGCAAAUAUUGCAGCUAUUUGUCUUUGUGUUUUACUUUGGAAACACAGUAAUUUCACCCUUCAGAUUCCAGCAGCCAACUAA